AUGGCUGAGAUCAUUGGAUCGCAAGCUUCAGGCCAUCCGAACCUCAAUCUCACUGCCGAAGAGAAGCGAGCCUACGCGCAGCUUUUGAAAGAAGCAGACCCUGAUGGGUUCGGAGCUGUCUCUGGCGAUGUCGCUGUAAAGUUCUUCGAGCGUACAAAGCUUCCUCCCGAUGUCCUCGGCCAAAUCUGGCAGAUUGCUGACACCGAGAAUCGAGGCUUUCUGACUCCCGCCGGCUUUGGCGUCGUCCUGCGACUCAUAGGUCAUGCUCAGAAUGGAAGAAGUCCUUCAACGAGCAUUGCCGUUCAACCUGCCCCAUUGCCUCGCUUCGAUACCUUGCCCAACGAAAGCCAACCACCACCGCAAACGCAACCUCAACUAGCAGCAGUUCCCCAGCCUAUUGCCCAACAAUCGACCGGACCUCCGGCGAGUCCCUCUCCAGCAGGAGGUCAUCCUAUCCGAGUGCCUGCCCUUAGCCCGGACAAGGUCGCAACUUAUUCCUCCCUAUUUGAGAAGUCGGGUGCUGAAAAUGGAUUCUUGUCGGGUCUCACUGCAAAACAGAUAUUCGAACGAGCCGGUCUACCAAAUGAGGUGCUGGGAAGAAUCUGGGGUCUUUCGGACACACAGGGUAGAGGCGUACUGGAUGUCACCGAGUUCGUGAUCGCCAUGCACUUACUUGCGUCUUACAAGUCUGGGCAGAUGCGUGGCGUCCCAAACACACUACCGCCAGGUUUAUACGAGGCUGCAACUCGACGACCUCCGGCGAGAGCUGGAAGUGGCUCUCGACCCGGUUCAAGUGCUGUUCCUAAUCUGCCUCCUCCCCCUCAAUUUGCGGGAUUCAAUCAAAGACCCCAAAGUCCAAUCACUCGACAGCAAGUCGGCACUCCUCUCUCUGCUCAAUCGACCGGGGAAUCGUGGCUUGUUACUCCAGCGGACAAAGCCCGUUUUGAUGCGACCUUUGCGACUAUCGAUCGUCAAGGAAGGGGUUUCAUCACUGGGGAACAAGCGGUGGAUUUCUUUGGUAACGCGAGAUUGCCCGAAGAAGUGCUCGCCCAGAUUUGGGAUUUGGCCGACAUGAAUUCAGAAGGUCAAUUGAACAAGGAUGAGUUCGCUGUGGCUAUGUUCUUGAUUCGGCAACAGCGAGGAACAAAAGAUGGCCGAGGCGUCCUUCCACAGACAUUACCUCUGGCUCUGAUUCCUCCAAGCAUGCGGAAGCAAGUUCUUCCCCCAUCUCAGCCAACUGCACCGGCUUUUGAAAACGCCCCGGUCACAAAGCCUCGUUCAGCCGCCGAUGAUCUUUUCGGCCUAGAUGCGUUCGGUCCUCCUCCAACUGUUGCUCCCCAGGUGGCUCAAUCUACAGGAGGUACCGAUGCAGGUCCAUUUGCAAACCCACCUUCGGCUCUGUCACCACAGACCACAUCUACAACUUUCAAGCCUUUUAUCCCCUCUAGCUCGUUCGGCCAAAGCAUGAUCCCUCAAUCAACAGGAUCGCCCGCUCCUGCUCAACAACGAUCACUUCCGACUGAUGAUUUACUUGGAGAUGCUGAUCCAGAGGUCAGCUCGAAGCUCACGAACGAAACUAGUGAACUCGGGAAUCUGUCGAACCAGAUUGGGAGCCUGUCAACACAAAUGACAGAACUUCAGGGGACUAGAAAGCAAACUGAACAAGAACUCUCUCAAAAUACCGCUCAGAAGCGAGCUUUCGAAGGACGCUUGGCACAACUAAGAUCACUAUAUGAGAAGGAAGUCAAGGAAGUCAAAGCACUACAAGAGCAGCUCGCGGCAUCGAAGAAUGAAACGAAAAGAUUGCAAUCGGAUAUGGCUAUGGUCGAUGGCACUCACCAGGACCUUGCCACCCAGCAUCAGCAAUUGCGAGCCGCAUUGGAAGCCGACCAACGAGAAAAUGCUGCACUAAAGGAACGUAUUCGACAGUCCAAUCAGGAGAAUGAACAGCUUAAACCGCAAUUGGAGAAAUUGAAGUCGGAUGCGAGACAGCAAAAAGGUUUAGUGGCCAUCAACAAGAAGCAAUUAGCGACUAAUGAAGCGGAGCGCGAUAGAAUAAAGGCGGAAAUCUCUGCCGCACACAAACUCGCUGAGGAUGCGGCACGGGAAGCGGAAGAGUCAGCUCGAGAAGUUGAAGCAUCGAAGAGGGAGCUUGAAGAAGCACGAAAUGUUCCCGUCCCUUCGAUUAAAAGUCCUCCCACUGUCGCAAGCCCUGCUCCUUCAACCAGUUCAAAUCCUUUCUUCCGAAAGACAACAGAUCCCACCUUUUCGCCACCCCCUGUCACCUCACCAGAACCAGUCAACACCCAAAGUGCUUUCGAUAGUAUCUUUGGACCAUCAUUUGGCGCAUCUCCUACCGCACCAGUACCUCAAACGUCCUUCUCAAGUCAUUCUCCCGCAGCUACUGGUUCACCGGGUGUCCCACGUAUAGACUCUCCCAGCCCCUCAACACCUAGUGUAUUCUCAGCAGAACCACCUGCUCCUCCACAGUCUCGUCAGAUCACUUCGGCAGCGCUUCCUUUUCGCCAACCUCUUGAACGAGAAGACUCUGUCAGUUCAUCUGUAAGGGUUGCGCCACCUGUCAGUCGACUGAGUCCUGCAGACACUCCACGUGCUCUGACUCCAGCAGCCAGUACACCCAGUCCUCCAGCACACCGCGCCUCCCCAGACCCAUUUUCAACAGUUGCAGCCCCUGAUGAAGAACAGGAGUCUGUAAGAAGAACAUUACCUGAGGGAAAGCUGUCCAAGGAGUCCUUGGAAGAUGGUUUUGGAAAACCGUCUGUGCCAAUUGGUGACAUUCCUGGUGCGUUCCCAUCAGGAUCACGCGCAGAGACACCUUCGCAGGGACUUUCGAGCUCUACGGUCCUUGCUGGUACUGGAGUCGCUGCCCUUGGGGCCGGUGCUGGAGUUGUUGCUGCCACCACAAAUGGAACUGAACAGACCAACCAAGACUCCACGGGGAAAGGAAAAGGUCCUGAGCGAGACUUCGAUGAUUUCUUUGGCGGGCCAGCUCAUCAACGCACCAUCUCGCAGAAAGCGGCCGACUUUGACUCAGCAUUUGCGGAUUUUGGUAAACCACAACCAACUAAUGGUACUCCAGGCGCUGCUGCUAAAGAGUUUCCUGACAUCCAAGAGGUUGUUGACGAUGAUGAUGACAGUGACAGUGAUUACAGUGAUGAACGCAUGAAGUUUGAUGACGACUUCGGUACCCGGUCGCCGCCACGUGAUUUACCAACAGAAUCUACAAGUCAAGGCAAGCAAGCAGAGCACUCGACUGGCACGAAUGACCUUUUCCCACCACGUCCUCACUUGGAUACCGCAGCCUCCACAGCAAGCUCGUUACCUGGAGUUGACCAACAAAAGUCACCGCCACCAUAUGGUGAUGCUGUGCCAUCGGAAAAUCCAACUCACUUUCCUCGAGAAUAUAAAGGCUUGCUUCCUGAGAGAGAAGAUCCAACAUCUCCACCUGCAGGCGGUGAGACUAUUGUGACUGCUGCACCAGGAGGAAGUGGACAGGCCCCUUCGUAUGGGCCAGAAGCACAUCCCAGAAGCCCUUCAGAUUCCAAACCUGAGGCGGCUUUCCCACCAACCAAGACGACGCCUUUUGAUUUCGAUUCGGCUUUCGCCAGUGUCGGUUCUGCCCCUGUUGCAGAUGACGACGACGACUCCGAGGACGAUGCACAAGUAUUUAGCCCAGCUCGAAAUCAAGCCGACUUUGAUCCGUCAUUUGAUUCACCACCUCAGUCACGUUCCUCAGCGGCACCACAGCAUUCUGCUUAUGACGCGGUGACCAAUGGUACCAGCUCUUCGAAGGCAGCCACAAAUGACCCGUUUAAAGCCAACGGUGCAGCUCCGAGCUUUGGGUCCCAACCAGCUCCUGCCUCCGAUCCGCAUGACUGGGAUGCACUCUUUGCCCCAUUGAACACCGGCAGUGGAGGUGCUCAAGCUGGUGCACCUGCAGCCUCGGCUUUCGAUUCGCCGAGUACUCCAACCGCAACCUCUGCAGCUACCUUUCCUCCGGCUGUUGCAGUUGAACCAUCUUCACCGGCACCACCAGCGUCUCCACCAGCGGCGGUACCGACGAGUCCAACCAACAAACUCGAACGCCCACAGCCUGGACGUGCCUUGAGUGCCGGCACUGAACAUGAUGACCCCAUUCUCAAACGACUCACGGCAAUGGGAUGGACUCGGGACGAGAGUCUCAAUGCUUUGGAGAAGUUCGAUUAUAAUAUCGACAAGGCCGCUGACUACCUAACAUUCCGAUCUUGA